AAUCAAGAAAUGUUUUCAUUUUGGAUCAUUCUCAUCUUUCUGAUUUCUCUUACUUCAUUCACUUCAUCACUAGUCAUACCUAAACCAUCAAAUCUCAAUCCUCGAUCUUCAACUCUUACUCAAGAUACUUUAAAACGUGGAAUGAAUCCAAAAGCUUUAGAUGAAGAUGAAGCAGAACUUGCUAGGAUUCAAAAAGUUAUGGAUGAUGAAAUUUGGGAGAAAUGGAGUUAUGCUCAUAUGAUUCAUGGUUCAGGUUCUCGAGCUGCUGAAGUCUUGAGUAUCUCGACAGUCGCUUAAACAAUCAAUUUGAAACCAACAUCAACUCAUCGAUCGUUUCAUCAAAUUCGUAAACUCAAAGCUUUCAAUCUCAUUCUUCGUAACUCAUCACUUUAAAGAAUCUCUUUGAAAAUCUUCGAUCCAGAACAAUCAAGUCUUAUCUUUCAAUCUUAAUCCAAUUUGAUCACACGUUUUAAAUUCAAAUUCAUUUUCAAGUCAAUCAACUUAUUCUUUAUCAUUUUUUUUCUUCAUUUUCUUUUACUCGUUGUUUUUCGUUAUUUGUUGUGCAAUUCAAAAUCCAAGCUUAUUAGACUCUUUCAUGACCUUAUCUCGACCUUCUCAUUGGUCUUCAAUUGAUCCUUUGACUUUAAAGU